AUGGCAGAUGCGACCAGGGCCCCUCGAAAGCGCCGUGCAAGCAGCUCUUCUGCUAAAGCUGCACAAGAUGAUGCCCAUUCUUUACCUCUUUCCAACAAGAGGCGCUUUGUCCUUGACGAAGCAACUGAGCAAACCACAACAGACAGCGAACAGCCUUCGUCCAACGAAGACUCCACGAAUCCACUUGAUGUAGUCGUCCAAACUGCCCCCCCAGUCGCUCGUCGCCGCAAGCGUGUUGUCUUGAACACACCGUCACCACCUCCUGAGCGCAAAAAGUCCAAUCUCCUGACUGGUCUCGCCUCGCAUGUGGACAUCUUGCUUCAAGUCACGAGCUAUCUCCCGCCGCAGACCCUACUCAACCUUUACAGCAUUUCUGCUCCCUUUCACUAUGUCAUGGACAGUCACUUCACCGCAUUCAUCAAGGCUGCUACGUUCAUAUGGGCACCCACCGCAGACAAGUACUUCCCCUGGUGGUGCUACCGUCAACUUUGCAUCGAAGACCCUGCUCUACGUCGCCCCAGAUCAGACCGCAGAAGUGUGAGCUGGGACGACCUCGUCCCGGAGCAAGCACCCGGAAUAGCUUCGCAGGAAUGCUCUGAUUCACCUGACUCUCAGAGCUCCGACAUCUCGGCCAGUCAGAGAAGUGUCAAGUCCGAAAGCCCAGCCGAGAGGAAGACAAGAAUCGCGGAGCUUGCCCAGCAUCGACAGAAGUCCGCUGCGCCGGUGCCGGGUUUCCGCUGGCUGAAGAUGGUAGCAUAUCGGGAGUCGGUUUGCCGAGAGAUAGUUGGCUGGAUGGCAGCACAUGGACAUCGCAUACCACGUGUUGAGGGCGUUGACGUCCUGAAGAGAAUGUGGUUCCUCCUCGACAUCCCUGUCAAUGGCCCUCGCAUCUCUUUGAUCCACAACACCAUUUACUUCACCAAAGAGACACUUGCAGUUUUGCAACUCUUCUUCAUCAAACUCGACAUGCUUUACGUCGACCCGGUGCACUACUACGGCGGUGAAGCAUCCAUGCGUGAAUUGUUGCUCGCAGAACGCAGUCUCACCACUCUCUGGAACUACCUACGAGGUGCAGACGGCACUUCCAAACUGGACACUCUGCGCCUCUGGAUCCGACAUCGCUACAAGAGACCUGAACCUGUCAGACCCAUGACGCGCGAGACACACGAACAGCAUCAGGCAAAACUCAAUAUGCCGAUUAUGGGUGUCCCUCCUCAGCUUGUCGGCCGUUGGGGCUAUGAAUGUUGGGGACUUGGAGAAGUCCCGCUGCUUCGACCUGAUCAACUGGUGCUGAGAGAAGCAGUGAGACGUCGUACUGGCCUUCAACGAAUGUUCCUUUCUUAUCUUUCGUAUGGCUAUCUGGACGGAGACCUCAAUCCUCUGCCGACCGUUGUCAAGCCCGAGGAUGUAGUUUUGAGCUUGAUAUGCAGGAAGAAGAACAAGGAGCUCAAGGCUAAGGAAGACGAUAAAAUGGAUACUGACAAAUGA